CUACAGACACUGCUAUAACUGCAUGCUCUGUGUCCUUGGAAUCUAUGGCUGUACAACACAAUCUUACGGAAUUUUUCAUGCUGGGACUCUCACAGAAGCCAGAGGUACAAAGAGUUUUCUUUGUGUUCUUUUUGGUUAUCUAUGUGAUCACGGUAUGUGGCAACAUGCUUAUUGUGGUCACUAUCGCUGUCAGCUCCAUGCUGGCUUCCCCCAUGUAUUUUUUCCUGGCCAAUCUCUCUUUUAUUGACACUUGCUAUUCUUCCUCUAUGGCUCCUAAGCUCAUCGCUGACUCCCUGUCUGAGGGCACAACCAUCUCAUAUGAGGGCUGCUUGGCUCAGCUCUUUGGAGCCCACUUUUUGGGUGGUGUUGAAAUCAUUCUGCUCACAGUGAUGGCCUAUGACCGCUAUGUGGCCAUCUGCAAGCCCCUGCACUAUAUGACUACUAUGACCAGAAAUCUCUGUGCAGUGCUGGUGGCAGUGGCUUGGCUGGGGGGCUUCUUGCAUUCAUCAGUUCAGCUCUUCCUGGUCCUUCAGUUGCCCUUUUGCGGGCCCAAUGUGAUCGACCACUUUGUCUGUGACUUGUACCCUCUCCUGGAACUCGCCUGCAUGGACACCUCUGUUAUUGGUCUGCUGGUGGUGGCCAACAGCGGUGUGAUCUGCCUGCUGAACUUCGUCAUGUUGGCUGCCUCCUAUGUUGUCAUCCUGUGCUCCUUGAGGUCCCACAGUGCAGAGGGGAGACGCAAAGCCCUCUCUACCUGUGGGGCCCACUUCAUAGUGGUCACCUUGUUCUUUGUGCCCUGUAUAUUCAGUUACAUGCGUCCAUCAUCUACUUUACCCGUAGAUAAGAGCAUGGCAGUAUUUUAUGGCAUUUUGACACCUAUGCUGAAUCCACUUAUUUAUACCCUGAGAAAUGAAGAAGUACAAAAUGCUAUAAGAAUGUUCUUUACACAACAAGAAAUUGCAGGUAAAUUGUGA